AGAGUUCCCCUGGCGGCCCUCGGCUCCAGCAAGGACUUUGGGCCUUUUCUUGUGUCCUGUUUGUUAAAGGCAUGCGGGCUACAGCAUUAAAGAGGGCUAGUCCUUAACAAAGGGAAAGAGAUAAAUGUAAAUAAGCUCACAUUUUCAGAAUGAGCGGUUUGCAGUAAGGAGCUGCGGCAGCCCAGAGUCUGCUCUUUUUGGGCUGGGCUAACCUUUCCCUGUUUUUUUGUUUUUUGUUUUGUUUUGUUUUUUUUUUUUUUAUGGAUAAAAAUAUGCGCUUCCAAAGUGCGAGUUGCCAGUUUACAAGUUUAUUAGCUAACUAUCUACAGGCAUGAGCACAUUCUCUCAUCUAGCACACUCUUUCUUGGGCACUCAAUUGAGGAACACUCUGAUCGUCUGCCUCCAGAAAAUUCAUUGAUUAUCCAAGUCUCAGAUAAAUCUGGUGCCAGAGUUUGGUUUGAACUAACUAAUGAAGAAAGCAUUCUCUACUGGUCCUCAGUCUCAAGAGUGGUGAACCCCUGCACCUAGCAGGCUCUCUGGGAAAAAAAAAAAUCCAUGGGUGACAGAAGAUUUAUUGACUUCCAAUUCCAAGAUUUAAAUUCAAGUCUCAGACCCAGGUUGGGAAAUGCAACUGCCAAUAAUACUUGCAUUGUUGAUGAUUCCUUCAAGUAUAAUUUGAAUGGUGCUGUCUAUAGUGUUGUAUUCAUCUUGGGUCUAAUAACCAACAGUGCCUCCCUGUUUGUCUUCUGCUUCCGCAUGAAAAUGAGAAGUGAGACCGCUAUUUUCAUCACCAACCUGGCCCUCUCUGAUUUGCUUUUUGUUUGUACCCUACCUUUCAAAAUAUUUUACAACUUUAAUCGCCACUGGCCUUUUGGUGACACCCUCUGUAAGAUCUCAGGGACUGCGUUCCUCACCAACAUCUACGGGAGCAUGCUCUUCCUCACCUGCAUCAGUGUNGAUCGUUUCCUAGCCAUUGUCUAUCCCUUCCGAUCUCGUACCAUCAGGACCAGGAGGAAUUCCGCCAUUGUGUGCGCUGGAGUCUGGAUCCUAGUCCUCAGUGGUGGUAUUUCAGCUUCUUUGUUCUCCACCACUAAUGUCAACAAUGCGACCACCACUUGCUUUGAAGGCUUCUCCAAACGUGUCUGGAAGACAUACCUGUCCAAGAUCACUAUAUUCAUUGAAGUUGUUGGAUUCAUCAUUCCUCUGAUAUUGAAUGUUUCUUGUUCUUCUGUGGUGCUUAGAACCCUCCGCAAGCCAGCAACAUUGUCUCAGAUUGGGACCAAUAAGAAAAAAGUGUUGAAGAUGAUCACAGUGCAUAUGGCAGUGUUUGUGGUAUGCUUUGUACCAUACAACUCUGUUCUCUUUUUAUAUGCCUUGGUACGCUCCCAAGCCAUUACUAAUUGCUUAUUGGAAAGGUUUGCAAAGAUCAUGUACCCAAUUACCUUGUGCCUUGCAACUCUGAAUUGUUGCUUUGAUCCUUUUAUCUAUUACUUCACUCUUGAAUCCUUUCAGAAGUCCUUUUAUAUCAAUACACAUAUAAGGAUGGAGUCACUGUUUAAGACUGAGACACCUCUGACCCCCAAACCUUCCCUUCCAGCUAUCCAAGAGGAAGUUAGUGAUCAAACAACAAAUAAUGGUGGUGAAUUAAUGCUGGAAUCCACCUUCUAGGUACCAGAAUUGUCUUUCAGGUUCAGCUACAGUGUCUCUUAUGAUUUUUUUCCUAUGCUAUAAAUAAGAGAAACAAAUUGAAGCUAAUGAUACUGAGAAUAGAUUAAUGUACCAAAUGCAGUCAGAUACAUUUGUUUGAACACUAUUGUACAUAUUCUGUUUUGUUCAGUAAUUAUAGGUCAAGUCUAAUUACACAACCAAAACAGAACAGCUUCUUCUGUUCAGUUGACUUUUCAUUACCUAAAUGACCAGUGGUCUUGAUUUUUAGUGACGUGAGGGUUAUUUUAAAACUUAAAAAAAGGCAUUCCAGUAAUUUUGGUAAUUGGGUUGGGCCUAUAAAUAUAGAACAAAUUCAGGGAUUAUUUAAAAAUAUCUGUGUUACUACUGAUAUAUGCUAGUAUUUUUUCCUUUUUUGAAUUAUCAUUGAAUUUAUUUAAAAAAAAAAAAGAACUAUUUUUACCUAAUCUUAAUAAGACAUGCUGAGAAAGAGAAAUGUGUUGAAUUUUAAAGGAUUGGCAAAUUUUACCUAGAUUUUAAAAACCUAAAUGAAGUGUUUGAAUGAAUAUGGGUGGGAAAUUUGGAAUUUAGACAACAUUUACNCAUUUAUAAUAACCACAAUUAGUGUCAGCUUUUAAAACUUUCUUUUUAAAAUAUUUCUAGAAUUUUCAUAUGAAAUUGUUAAUCCUGAAAGGUGCUACUUAUGUGCCUGGCAGGUAUAAAAUGGAAAACUCAUAAAAUUAACAAUGUCAAUUAAAAAAAAACUUUAAGCAACACUAUAUUAUUUCUUAAGAUUUUCAUUUAUCCUUGAUGGGGGUGGGGAUUGGCUUGUAGAAAAUAUUUAUUCUUCAUGUUAAAUGUUGGGGACACAUUACAGCCAGAGAGCUACAGUAUUUGUGCCCAGGUCAGGAGUAAAUUGAAAAAGUAAGUGAAUAGAAUAGUAGCAGCAAGAUAUCUUAGAGCUUAUAUUAGUAGUUUUUAAGGUGGUAGUUAGAUAGCUGUAACUUUGAAAUCCAUACUCUCUUCUGUACAUUUUGGAGCACAUUGUAGCCAAGGCGCUGCUGAAUUUGUGCUCAGGUCGGGAGCAUAUUGAAAAAGAUGUGUACAUAAAAAAAAAAAA